GGCUCGCAUAGUUGUGAAUCCCGUGAUAAACCCGCUGAAAAUAUUUCCGCACCUAGCAGUCCAUCCCUACCUGUCAUCACUCCACACACAUACCAAGCUCAUUCAAUCCCAGAGCAAAAAUGACCGACGAAACAAACUCCAGAGAGCGCAGAAAAGCGUCGAAACCCAUCAUGGAGAAAAGGAGACGAGCCAGAAUAAAUGAAAGUUUGAACGAAUUGAAAAGUUUAAUCCUAGAAGCCAUGAAAAAAGAUAAUUCCUGUUACUCCAAGUUAGAAAAAGCUGAUAUUCUGGAAAUGACGGUUCAACAUUUGAAAAAUCUAAAAAGUCAACAAAACACAGGUAAUUCAUCUUCGAAUCCAGCCUCCCUCGCCAAUUAUCGCGCGGGAUUUAAUCAAUGCGCAUCGGAAAUCACUCGUGUACUGACAGGCCUGGGAAACACCGACUCUGCACUCAGGAGCAGGCUGUUAGAACAUCUCGCGUCCCGCUGCUUAGUUACCAAGCCCGUAGAAGCUGCUGACUUAAGGGCACCACAAUCACCUCCGAUUUCCUUUCCAAACCAACCAAUUCUACCCAAGCCGCCUCUUCCCACCAUGGCUUCUCCAGCAAAUUUCUCUUUCCUUCCUCAAAGCAGUCCGAGUUUUCUUCCUGCAGCUCAGUAUCACUUAGCCUCCUACCCUUUAACAAAUGGUAAAGUGGCAGUUUUGUUACCAACAGUCAAUCCCUUUUUGGUAGACUCGAGCACCGCGGCUGCUGCUUCGCAACCUAGCCUUAUUCCCGUAUUUAGUAAAGAACCAAAGCACGGUAUGUCUCCACCUGAAAUGAUGCCUUUAGGCUUAGACACCAGGCCUGUCUUUUGGAAAUCGGUUCGUUUAUGUUUUGGAAAAAUGGGUCUUGAAAGUCCAACAAGGAACCUCUCGAACACGGACGGACGGAAGUCUUCCAAGCCUUUGAUGGAAAAAAGGAGAAGAGCAAGGAUUAAUCAAAGCCUCAAUGAAUUAAAAAACCUCAUUCUGGAAGCUAUGAAAAAAGAUACUUCUUGCUAUUCCAAAUUGGAGAAAGCUGACAUUUUAGAGAUGACUGUGCGUUAUUUGCGAUCAAUGAGGACUCAAAGUGUGGCAACUCGUAUAAACAGCACAAGCGAUCCUAAUACCAUGGCGCGUUUCCGCGCGGGAUACAACGAGUGCGCGAAUGAAGUGAGCCGAUAUCUAAUGUCACUGGAUGGAUUGGAUGUUCAAGUCCGCGCGCGUUUACUCUCACAUCUCGCGUCAUAUUGUUCACCUUGUCCUCCGAUCAUGAAACCAACGACAACGACAUCAGAAAAUCUUCCGUUACAGCAAUCACAAGCUGUCACGUUGCCAGUGACCUCCCCUUUAGAGCUAUCGCGCUUUACAUCAAAUCAAUCAAAAAGUUUAGAGACAACUCCGAGUUUACUAAACACGACUCAAUUUCAAAUCGUUCCGGGGCAGCUGGCCAACGGAAAAAUCGCUGCGGUUCUAGUACCGAGCCAAAACACUCCCUUGGCGAUGGUUUCUGCCCCUCAUCUAAUCCCUGUGUUUAAUAAACCAACGGUAGAUUUUCAUGCGCUUCAAGGACUACAUAUUCCCGAUACUCAGGCUUUGAGACCGGAGAAUGACCCGCUUUGGAGACCUUGGUAACUAAUCAGAAAGAAAGAUUUAAAGAGGUUCCCUCCCAUGCCUGAAACAAAACUUCUUUACAAAGCUAUAAAAUAAUACCGAGGCCCAUUGCUGUACUCCAAAGGACAGCUAAUAAUCUGUAAAUAUCGCUCAAGUGAUCUCGUAUUGUUCCUUUGUCUUUAGCACAAUGAGUCUCAAAGCGUCAUUAAAUUUUGUGCCUUUUCAAAUGAUCUUG